AUGUCAUCCGCUGGCAAACGCUCGCUUCGUUUGCCCUCUUCUCCGACUCAGGGGCAGGCGAAGCGACGUCGAAAUGCGGCCGCCAACUCACUGGCUGCUAGUUUUGGCUCAGCCAACGGCGAGGUUUCUUCGUCUUCUUCGCAGCUAGGCAUGAACAUUCCAGAAUCGGCGCUGUUUGAUCCAGCUUCGGCAUAUCACAGUCUACCGCAGAGGUCUGUUGAAGCAACAGGUCCAGCCGCCACGCCAAUUAUAAGCAUGUCAGCACCCCAAACAUCGUCUCGAACACAGACAAACCGCCAGCGAACAUCAUCGCUCCGCAUGGGAGGCUGCUCUCUCGACGAAAUACUCCUGUCCAUCCCCCAAGGCCUCGCCUCAGCCGAGCACGCCCGCCGCAAAGACGCACUCCAGCACGAAAUCAGCUUCCAAGAGCGCAAUCCGCCGAUCCUGCCGCCGUCCCAGGUCCAAGACUUGCCGCCAAAGCCCUUCAUUGCGGACUUUCUUAAGUUCCCUGAUGGUAUCAGUGAUCUGGAGCGUCUGCAGAUUGAAACGCGAAACAAUGAGAUUGCGGCCGAGCACCAGAAGAUUGAUCGGCAGCGGAAUAACCAGGCGGCCAAGAAGUCGCGCCAAGCUCGUCUUGAGGCUUUGAAUAAUACGCGGGUGCUGCUCAAUGAGAAGACGGCUGAGUGUGCUUGGUUCAGGAUGAAGGUUCUCGCGCUGGGGGGAAGCACGGCGGAUUGGAACAUGGUGCCCGCGGGCGUCAAGACACGGCUCAUCAAGGAGAUUGAUGGACGGGUCAAAGUCGUCGAGGGCGAGAUUGCGGAUGUGAAGAAGCGGGAGGAGGCGAAGAAGAGGGCGGAUAGGAACAAACGGAGGGCGGAGGCGAGGAAAGACGAGGAAGAGCAACAUCUGCAGUCUUCACAGUAG